ACACAAUUUAAGGACUGCCUAAAUUUUGUGUUGUUUUCGUUAGCUUUCAAUGUUUAAGAACGGCUCCUCUAUAAACUAUCGCUGAUUGGAAAAAGGAAUUUCACAGAUGAUUUCUGGAGAUGUCAUGACCUAUUCAAUAUAAAGAAAAAUCGGAGAAAUAACCUGGAAAGCCCACGAAACACAGCUGCCAUUCAGCCGGAAUUUAGCAAUUCGCUGUGAAGCGCGUUAAAAAACGAAAAGCAAGAGGAGAAGCAGCAGCCAGCUAGCAAAGACACCUAUCCACACAAAAUCAUGGACAGCGCCGGUAAAAAUCGUUAUGAACUCUUGUUCAUGGACGACGAUGUCAGCGAUCCAUUAGAUAAUCUUGUGGCGCCGACGACGGCCGCCGCUGCCGCAGCAGCAGCAGCUGGUAAGAAGAAGCAGCCGUCAGCUGCUGCAGCGGCCACCAAAACGACCGCCAAGGUGAACAACAACAACAACAAGGCGGCCGCAGGAUCCAACGGUGGACCCAAUGCCAAGAAGCCAAAUCAGGCCGAGAAGGAGAACAAGCCGAACAAUGCUUUAAACAAAACCGAUGGCAAAAAGUUUGCCCCAUCUGCUGACAAACAGUUCAACAACAACAACAAUAAACAGGGUGCUCCCCGGCCAGGUGGUGGCGCCAAUCGAACACGUGAAUUUGGCAGCGGUCAAGGACAGGGAGCUCAAGGACAAGGACAAGGACAACAGCGCAGUGUCAACUUCCGUCAACAGAAUGGCAAUGGCAACAACGCCGAGACCCGUGAGCAACGCAACAACCGUCGCAAUGUCCGCGAAAAUGGAGGAGCACCCGAUGGCCAGCAGUCGCGUCCGUACCGCGGUCCAGGUGGUGGUCAAGGUGGUGCCGGUGGAGAUCGCCCUCCACGACGCAACUAUGAUGGGCAGAACAGGAAGCGCGAAUUCGAUCGCCAAUCUGGAUCCGACAGAACCGGUGUGAAGUCAAUUGACAAGCGCGAUGGAGCUGGCUCACACAACUGGGGAUCGGUCAAGGAGGCUAUUGAUGAUGUGAACAAGAACGAAAGCGAGACCAACGUGGCCAAUGCAGAAGGUGGCGCCAAGGCUGAUGAAUCGGGCGCUGAACCACAGACCGAACAGCAGGCGGCCGCCGAGGAAGAGGCCAAAGAACUGACAUUGGACGAAUGGAAGGCACAGCAAGGACAACGCAUCAAGCCAACCUUUAAUAUUCGCAAGGCCGGAGAAGGUGAGGACACUACACAAUGGAAGAAAAUGGUCGUCUUAACCAGCAACAAAAAGAAGGAGAACGAUAGCGAAGAGGAGCUCGAGUACGAUCCCGCCUUGUAUCCCCAGCGCGUGGGCAGGCAACAGCGCGUCCUGGACAUCCAGUUCAACUUCAACGAUGGUCGACGCGGCGGUCCUGGUGGAUUUGGAGGACGCGGUGGCCGUGGAGGUCCACGACCUGGUGGAUUUGGCGGCGGACCACGCAGCGAGGGUGGCAACCGCGAGGGAGGCAAUCGCGAGGGCGGCGGAAACCAACGCGAGGGUGGAAACCGUGGCCCACGUGAUGGCCAAUCUGGCCAGCAGCAGCACCAUAAUAACGAGGGCGGUGCUCCGUCCGCUCAAAAUCAGAGGCCGCCCAUCGAACGUCGUGGUCCGGGCAACAACCAGAACAACAACCAGAAUAACAGCGGACCAGGGCCAAAUAAGCGUUUCGAGCGACAACAGAAUACCGCUCCCAAAGUCAACGAUGAGCGUCAGUUCCCCACACUGGCUUAAAUCGAUAAUUUGACCAGGAGGCUGAUGAUCCUCAUAUUGCAGUUUUGGUGACUAAAGAAGAGAUCGUGAAAGCAAGUUACCAAAAUGAAAUCUUAUAAAUUACAAAUAUCACAGACAAGAAACUUUUCAAAAACAAAAAAAAACGAAAAAAUAGGAAGAAACAAUUGUAGCCGCCAUAUAAGCCAAAAGCAACAAAAUAAUACCAACCAACAAGCUAAGCAAAAAUGGAUAAUAAAUUAUACAUAUAUUUAUAAAUAUAUGACGAGAACACACACGAAAAGCAAUUUUAGUUUAUGCGUGGCCAACUAAUCAGAUUUUACCUGAUAAAAUCGCGAUCAAGCAAGUGACCUCGUAUAAACUAGUCAGUCAGGCUAAGUCAUCCCCAUUAUGGAUUUUAAUUCUAAUGUCUGUUCACGAUCGACGACUAGAGAUUUGUUCCGAGAUUUUUCUAUAAUACGGCAUGGGCGGACAUAGAAUUCGUUUUUUUACAUCAAAAAAAAUCUGAUGUAAAGUUGUUUUUUUUUUAUGUUAUUACCACUCACUUAAUCAAAAAUCAUCCUACCUACUAAAAACAAAGUUAAGUCGCUAACCAGUGAACUCGGCGAUUAAAAUAAAUCAAUGAUGAAAAACAACAUCACGGCCUGAUAAAUUCUUCGGUGAAAAGAAGCAAAAUACACUAAAUACCUUACAAUAGUUUGUUUUCAUCGAGAGAACAGUAAAAGCAUUUUCAUUAUUUCAUAUAAUUUUUGUUCUAUUACGAAUCACAUUUUCGUAGCGAAAUGUACGUUUUAUUAAUUUUACUAUGUUAACUUUUAUUUAAAAUAAAGAAAAAACAAAAUGAGAAAUUAUUAAAAUCAGUAGUUGGAAAAAGAAACCCAAAACCGAAAGAAUAGUAAGUGUUAAAAACUUUGUAAUUGUGUUUCUUGGAUGCAAAUUCUAUAAUUAAACAUUUAUAAUUAAUAAUUAUAAAGCAAACUAUGCAUCAUAUAUACUACUUUUAAUUAUAAAACCUAACUGAACACAGACACACUGAAAUACAAAAACAAACAAUAUUAAUUUAAGCAUUAUUAAAAAAUAAAUCCAAAAAAUAUUGAUUAACUAUUGGAGCAAAUUGUAAACCUUUAAUAAGUAGAUUUACAGUCGAAGUAAAGCUUUCAAUAAAAAACUAUUUCGAGUCAAAUGAGAAACCCACUUCUAGAAACGCAAAUAUGAGAUCCCUGUAAAAUCGUUUGCUUCUAAUGAUUAGAAAUUGUAUAAAUUAUAUGAGAUAUAUAUUCGUACAUACAUGGUAAAAUCAAUUUUAUGACAGCAAAAAAAAAACACACCAAACAAAAGAAAAUGAGAUGCAAAGAAAAAAAAUCGUAGAUGAACAAAAUAUACGAAAUUUUUUGAAAUAUUGUAUUGUAUUUUGACCCAAAGAAACAAACCAUUCAACAGCAACAAAUGUUGAGCAACUCGUUUAAACAAAAACAAGAAAAUUUAUUUGAUAAAAAUAAAGAAUCGAAAAAACACUUAA